AUGGGUUUAAGGGACAUGGUUAAAUCUGCCUCAGUACAUUCUGCCAUGCUGCAUUCACAUGAGCUCUUGGUCCAAGCUACCCUGUUUCACUGUUGUCUCAAUGCUUCUCCCUUUCCUUCGUCCAGCCUUUUCAGACCUAGACCUCCCUCAGUACCAAAGGCAAACUCCACUCUUGUGAUUGAAUUCCUCUUUGAAGGUUUUUCCAGCUUUGGGUGGCAGCACAGGAUUGUAUUCUUUGUUGUCUUUCUAACUUUGUAUCUGCUGACUGUCUCUGGAAAUGUCAUCAUUGUGACCAUCAUUCACCUGGAUCGUCAUCUUCACACUCCCAUGUACUUCUUCCUGAGCAUGCUGUCCAUUUCUGAGACCUGUUACACUGUGGCCAUCAUCCCUCGAAUGCUGUCUGACCUCCUGAGUCCUCACCAAUGCAUUGCCAUCCAAGAGUGUGCCACACAGCACUUCUUCUACCUCACCUUUGGCAUCAACAACUGUUUCCUGCUCACUGCCAUGGGGUAUGAUCGCUAUGUGGCCAUCUGCAAUCCCCUACGGUAUUCCAUCAUCAUGGGUAAGAGGUCCUGUGUCCAUCUGGCAUCUGGGUCACUGGGAAUCGGGCUGAGUAUGGCCAUCAUUCAGGUAACAUCUGUGUUUGGCCGGCCCUUCUGUGAUGACUUUGUUGUCUCUCACUUUUUCUGUGAUGUGCGACCCCUGCUGAAGCUGGCCUGUGCAGACACCACUGUCAAUGAGAUCAUUAACUUUGUGGUCAGAGUCUGUGUUCUUGUUCUACCCAUGGGCCUGGUCUUUAUCUCCUAUGUCCUCAUCAUCUCUACUAUCCUUAAAAUUGCCUCAGCUGAGGGUAGAAAGAAGGCUUUUGCCACCUGUGCCUCCCACCUCACAGUGGUCAUCAUCCAUUAUGGGUGUGCCUCCAUCAUCUACCUUAAGCCCAAGUCCCAGAGUUCCCUGGGGCAAGACAGGCUCAUUUCAGUGAUGUACACUGUCAUCACUCCCCUACUGAACCCUGUUGUGUACAGCCUGAGGAACAAGGAGGUUAAAGAUGCUUUGUGCAGAGCUGUGGGGGGAAAGCCCCUCCCCACUUAG